CAGCCCCGCCUCCCCAGUGCCCAUGGCCCCGGCCCUCCCCGUCGCCCUGCCCCUCGCGCUGUGUCCGGUCCCCGCUGCCCCUCCGUCCUCCCUGUCCCCGCCGCCACUGCCACCACCUGCCACCCCGCGCGGCGCCCUUGCCGAGGGAGGCGGGCGCCAUGGCGGCCGAGGCCCUGGCGGCCGAGGCGGUGGCUUCGCGCCUGCAGCGGCAGGAGGAGGACAUCCGCUGGCUGUGGGCCGAGGUCCAGCGCCUGAGGGACGCGCAGCUGCACGCGCCGGACCGCGGCCCGGCCGAGGGGCCCUGCCUCACGCGGGAGGUGGCGCAGCUGCGGGCGGAGAACCGCGACCUGCGGCGCCGCCUGUCCCGCCUGCGGCUGUGCCUCGCGGAGGAGCAGAGCCAGCAGGCGGCGCCGGAGGAGGCCGGGCGCGCGGCUGCGGGCGCGCAGGCUCCUCCUCGCCAAAACCAAGGAAAGGACAUUCAAAGUGCGACGGAGGAACGGGAGCCUGAGAGCGAGGUGAGAAACCAACCAGACUUCAUAAAGGAAAGAUUGGCCCUGUUUGAGACAUUGAAGAAAGAGCAUCAGCUGUCACGUGCCCCCGGUGGGAGCGAGGGGAGCGCAGGCGAUGCCAUCACAGUGAGGGUGGCUGAUGGGAAAACCGUGGAAGGGGAGGCAUGGAAAACCACACCGUACCAGGUGGCUGCUGACAUCAGUCGCGAGCUGGCCGAAAGCACCGUAAUAGCCAAGGUCAAUGGUGAAUUAUGGGACCUGGACCGCCCGCUGGAGGGGGACUCCACGCUGGAGCUGCUUACGUUCGACAAUGAGGAGGCACAGGCUGUGUACUGGCACUCCAGCGCCCACGUCCUGGGCGAGGCCAUGGAGCUGUACUACAGAGGCCACCUGUGCUACGGUCCACCCAUCGAGGACGGGUUUUAUUACGACAUGUUCAUCGAGGACAGAGCCGUGUCCAGCACAGAGCUGCCGGCGCUGGAGAGCAUCUGUAAGACGAUUAUAAAAGAAAAGCAACCUUUUGAAAGAUUGGAAGUCAGCAAGGACAUUCUUCUGGAAAUGUUUAAGUACAAUAAGUUUAAGUGCCGCAUUUUGAACGAGAAGGUGAACACUCCAACCACCACGGUUUACAGGUGCGGCCCACUCAUCGACCUUUGUAAAGGCCCCCACGUGAGACACACCGGAAAAAUCAAAACCAUAAAAAUUUUCAAGAAUUCCUCCACCUACUGGGAGGGCAACCCCGCCCUGGAAGCGCUGCAGCGGAUCUACGGGAUAUCCUUCCCCGAGAGCAAGGCGAUGAGAGCCUGGGAGAAGGUCCAGGAGGAGGCCAGGAGCCGAGACCACCGGCGAAUCGGGAAGGACCAAGAGCUUUUCUUCUUCCACGACCUGAGUCCGGGCAGCUGUUUCUUCCUUCCCAGGGGAGCCUUCAUCUAUAACACCCUGAUGGAUUUCAUCCGAAGUGAGGUCUGCAGACGUCUUCUUGCCGUCAUCCUGGCUGCUCCCCUCAUCGCCGUCCUGUGCUCGUGCUCUUCGCUCCUGCUGUCGCGUCUUCCUCCUCCUUGCUUAGCCCUCUCAUUGGGGAGCACUUUCUUCAAGAACUUCCUGAUGAGCCCGCCCGGCCUGGCUCAGUGGUCCAGCGUCGACCUAGGAACCAGGAGAUGCGACACAGACCUGGCUGGGGGCGGCCCCAGGUCCCCCUGUGUGAGGUGCAGGGUGCGCAGCCUUUUAAACACACAGCCCCAGGCCUCUCGUGCCCAGGAGGAGUAUCACCGCCGAGACUUCGUGGAAGUGCUGUCUCCCACCGUGCUCAACAGUAAGCUCUGGGAGGCCUCGGGCCACUGGCAGCACUACAGCCAGAACAUGUUCGCCUUCCGCGUGGACAAGGACACCUUUGCCCUGAAGCCCAUGAACUGCCCAGGGCACUGUCUCAUGUUUGCCCACCGCCCGCGGUCUUGGAGGGAAAUGCCCAUUCGAUUUGCCGACUUUGGGGUUCUUCAUAGAAACGAGCUGUCGGGAACCUUGAGUGGCCUGACCCGGGUUCGACGCUUCCAGCAGGACGACGCCCACAUCUUCUGCACCGUGGAGCAGAUUGAAGAGGAAAUCCGGGGGUGUCUGCAGUUCUUGCAGUCUGUUUACUCCACGUUCGGCUUCUCCUUUCAACUGAAUCUGUCAACACGGCCGGAGAACUUCUUAGGCGAGCUCGAGUUAUGGGACGAGGCUGAAAAGCAACUGCAGAAGAGCUUGAUGGAAUUUGGAAAACCAUGGAAGCUGAACCCAGGAGAUGGAGCGUUUUAUGGCCCUAAAAUUGACAUCAACAUCAAGGACGCCCUGGGCAGGUCCCAUCAGUGUGCGACCAUCCAGCUGGACUUCCAGCUCCCGCGGAGGUUUAAUCUCACCUAUGUCAGUAAGGACGGGGAUGACAAGAAGAGCCCUGUGAUCAUUCACCGAGCCGUUCUGGGCUCAGUGGAGAGAAUGAUAGCCAUCCUGUCAGAAAACUACGGCGGGAAGUGGCCUUUCUGGCUGUCUCCGCGUCAGGUGAUGGUCAUCCCUGUGGGUCCGACUUGUGACAAGUAUGCACUUCAGGUGUCCAGCACAUUUUUUGAAGAAGGAUUCAUGGCCGACGUCGAUUUAGAUCAUAGCUGUACACUAAAUAAGAAAAUCCGAAACGCACAGCUGGCUCAGUAUAAUUUUAUUUUGGUGGUUGGAGAAAAGGAAAAAGCAAACAAUGCUGUCAACGUUCGAACAAGGGACAACAGAAUUCAUGGAGAGGUAUCACUCGCUUCUGCCAUCGAUAAAUUGAAGAAUCUCAAGAAAUCGCGGACACUAAAUGCUGAGGAAGAAUUCUGAAGUCCUUCCUUGCUCUCUCUUCUGUGUAACCUUGUUUUGACACCCCCCCCCCCAAAAAAAAUGCAUUUUUCUUAAUUAAAGUUAGUACUUCUGAGAA